AGCUUGCUAUGAGAGUAGCUUCAAUCCAGCCACGUGCAUCAUCCUCUAUUUCUCAAUACAACCCUACUUGUCCAUUUUUUGAAUCCAACAUAAGCUCACAAUUCAGCAAGUCUUUGCCAUCAUGGAACCAACUCAAACCCCCCUCAACCAAAUGCAACUUUCCCAAACUUAGACACAAAUGGAAGCAAUACCAAGGAAUUGACCAUUGGAAAGGUUUGUUGGAUCCUCUUGAUGAUAAUCUACGUUGGGAAAUUUUAAGAUAUGGCCACUUUGUAGAUGCUACAUAUAACUCUUUUGAUUUUGACCCUACUUCUCUUACCUAUGCUACCUCUCUUUAUUCAAAAAAGUCACUUUUGAAAAAGUGUGGUAUGGAAAAUUAUGGGUAUAAGAUAUCAAAAUAUUUAUAUGUCACAUGUGGAAUUCAUGUGCCAACAUGCAUAAAUAAAAUUUUCAAAAAGUUGUGUAUCAAAUCUAGUUUAGUCGGAUACAUAGCAGUAUGUGUAAAUGAGAAAGAAAUUGUUCGACUCGGUCGACGAGACAUUGUUAUUGCUUUUAGAGGAACAGUUACAUGUUUGGAGUGGUUAGAAAACUUACGAGUCUCCUUAACAAACUUGCCAAGUCUUGUCACAGGAGAAGAUUGUCUUGAUCCCAUGGUGCAAAAAGGAUUAGAGAUUUCUUCGGAUUAG